AUGGCUACUAAGUCUACGCCAGUUAAGGACUCGGAGCUCCAAUCCUCCCUCCGCCAACUCUCCCUCAACGAUGAAGGCUCUAUCAGAGACAUCUCGCGCCCAACUCCAUCCCGAACCCCAAAGCCAAAACUUUCUGAUGUCGCGGACUCUUGGGAAGACGAAGCCGACUCCGACGCGGACUCCGGUCCACCCACUCCCACAGCUCCUACAAGCUCCAGUACUCAGAAGCUAGAUACCGGGCUGGAUAACGACAACGAGAAUUACAAUGAUCAAGAAGGACCCCGCGACCCCCCACCAACCCCGAUCUCCCCACAGACAUCCCAGCCCUCCCAGCAAUCCUGGCCCGCGCCAAGCGGACGCGAAGCACCCAUCAUCCCCGCAUAUGGAAACCCGUCUGGCGCAUCGUCACGAUCUGCAGGUCCAGCGCGUCGACCUGAGAAACAGACUGCUGUAGCGGGGAGGAUGAUUGCCGGGGCUCUGGGGAUUCGGGCGCCGAAGAGGACGGAGGAGCAGAAGGCUUAUGAUCGGUCUGUGAAAGAGCAGGAGAUUAGGAGGAGGAAUCGGGAGAGGGAGGAGGCCGCUAAGGCGAGGGAGGAGGAGGAGAGGGCUAAGGCUGCGGUUUGGGAUGGUUGA